CCGCCAAACCGAACCCAAAAAAACUCAAGCCGUGACAAUUCCAAAAACGAUCGCAACUGGACCUUCGCUACUCGUGUGGGCCCUCAGCCGGUCCCCGACCUCCGUUGGCCCUCCGGAAGCCGCCCCCAAGUGUCUAAAUACUCGUGAAAACUCGCGGAAACUGAUUCCGUCGCCAGUGAUGUGUUAAACUCCCGUAAAUCGUUAUCUCCCCUAACCUUUUCGCCUCGAUAAUCGGUCGCGCCGAGCUGAAGUCGAAGUACUAUAGGUUACCUGCGAUCACAAAAUAUCCCCUAACCACUCCUGAGUGUCCCUGUCACCCGUAGAGUACGAAAAAUCCAUCGAAACGGCUCAGGGAGCCCGAAAAAUCAGGUGAAAAGCCCUAACAAUCAAGGAAACAGACCGAACCAAGAGUCAUAAAAACUCCUUGAAAAAUUUAAUAAUCACCUGAGGAUGGAAGCAGUGGUUUUAAGGGUCUCGUAGCUGUUGGCACAUGUCCACAACGUUCUGAAUGGGCAUCAACGGGAACCCUCCCCGGUGCCACCCAAUGGGGAAUGCUGAACACGACGAUAAAUCUUGAUUCAUUGAUGAUUCGUUGAUCAUCAGGUGACUCUCACGGCAAUAGUGUAAUUGUGUGGUGACUUGUUGGAUUUCUUGACUUUUUGUGGUUGAUAAAGUGUUUACUAGUGGGAGGAGAAUGGCCUCAAAUAUGGGGAUACAAAUUGGCAAUGCCUGGUUCCAGAGGAAGAUCAACCUCAGGCCACAGCAUCGGGGCGUUCACCUUGUCACUGAGGAAAUACUCAGGCAGGUGCCCGAAUUGCUGCAGUUCUCGGUUGGAUUGUGUCACAUACAGAUUCUCCACACAUCAGCGAGCUUAGCUUUGAACGAGAGCUGGGAUCCUGAUGUCAGGGACGAUAUGGAGAUGAUGUUGAAUAAGAUCAUCCCGGAGGACAUGCCCUACAGACACAGUUGCGAAGGCCCUGAUGACAUGCCUGCCCACGUGAAGGCUUGUUUUCUCGGCUCGUCCCUGAGCAUUCCAAUAACCGAUGGUAAAUUGGCACUGGGCACAUGGCAGGGUGUUUGGCUGUGCGAGCAUCGGAACAAUGCUGGUAGUCGAAGACGUGGAUUCAUAUUAAUCGCAAAAAUGGCGUCCCCCCGGAACCAGAGCAGACGUCCCUUCACUGUGUGCAUAGAAGGGAACAUUGGAAGUGGUAAAACGACAUUUCUAAAUAAUUUCAAGCAGUUCAAUAACACAAUGGUCCUGCAGGAGCCUGUGGAACUCUGGAGAAAUGUCGAGGGGAUGAAUCUUCUGGACUUGAUGUAUAAAGACCCUGGGAGGUAUGCCUGCCUCUUCCAGUCGUACGUGCAGUUGACAAUGCUGCAACUCCACACGAUGAAGUCACCUCUCCCCUAUAAAAUCAUGGAGAGAUCGGUCUACAGUGCUCGCUGCUUCAUCGAGAACAUGAAAAGAACGAAUGUCUUGAAGGAGGUUGAAGCCACUGUACUAGAAAAAUGGUACGACUGGUGUAUCAACCAUGCACUCAUCGAAACAGACUUGAUAGUGUACUUACGAACAACUCCUGACAUCGUCUACAAGAGAAUGCGAGCUCGUGCCCGACAAGAAGAAAACCUCGUCUCAUUGGAAUACCUCGAACAGGUCCACCAAAUCCACGAAGACUGGCUGUACCACAGAACCCUAUUCGAUGUGCCAGCUCCAGUCAUAAUCCUCGAUGCUGACCAGAGCAUGGAGGAGAUGUUCGUGCAGUUCGAGAAGUGCAAGACGAGGAUCUUCGAGCGCUGUAGACAGUCAGAGAGGGAGUCGAGACUGCUCACAUCACCAGUGAGUUCACCAAAAAUCGGAGCAGCAUCCGAAUGAUCAAGCAAUUCUUAAUGGAUCAAAUCCUACUUCACUCGAUAAUUUUCAGUAAUUCUGAGUUUUAUUGGAAAAUUUUUCGCUAGUGUAAAUAGGAAUAAUUUUUGUACUGUAUUACGUGAGCAUUAAAGGGGGGCACGAUUUCUCUUUUUUUAACGCAUUAGUUUGUACACUAAGAACUUGAAAAGUUCUGGUUUAGUCAAUUUUUCACUGAAUUUAUUUCUGACUUAAUUAAUAUUUAUAGGGUUAAGUGUAAUUGCGAUAUGUAUUACUGUGACGAGUUCAUAUCACUCGCAUUUGAUGAUGAAUUAUUUUAGUGAGAUGGGAAAGAUUGUUGAAUUCGCAAUGAAGUGGUAAACAGAAUUGCGCUCUAUUGAUUAAUUUUAACUCUGCAAUUACAACACAAAAAUUUCAAAUUAUUAUUAUUAUUAUUUCCUUUAAGUAGUUCCAAGAAUAUUUACCAAGAAAUUACGACUGAUUCAAAAAAAUUGACCAAAUAUCCAGAGAUGAAGAAUUCGUACUUUCACUCAAUAAAUUAUAUUUUUGGAUAAAUCAUAUCGACACGGUUAAAAAAAAACGUUUAUUCAAUAAAAAUAUAGUCAAACAGUAACAA